UGUGCCCAUUUCGUGUGACGUGUGCGAGUGUCGUUUUGCUACUGUAGCUGUGACAUAAUGCCAUCGUUACCUCCCGAAACUCUAACGGGCGUCUUACUGCCGUUGAUUGCAGUUGCUGUUCUUGCUCUUCUCUUUUCAGUCAUCUACGCCCGGUGCUAUCAAAGGAAACGGGACGCCGAGUGCUCCACUACUGUGGUUAUCGUUCUGAGUCUUUCGGUGGCUCUUCUAACGCUCGCUUUCAUUCCAGUAGACAUUUUCACUGUUUCAUCAUUCAAGCAUUUCAACGGUACAUUUCAAUCAUGGGCAACGAAUGGGAGCAGAAAAUCCGUCCAAGACGUCUUUAUGUACUCGUAUUAUACUAUUUACGGGCUUGUUAUGGCGUUUUCCUUUCUCAUUCUUCCAUUUGUGUACUUCUACUAUGAAGAGAAAGAUGAGGACAAAUCAACUGGGAAGAGGAUUUGCUCUACACUUAAGUAUUGGAUAAUGUUCGUUGUCAUUGCAGCUGUGUUUAUGAUUAUUGGAGCAUUUGUUCCUUGGGCAACAGGUGAAUCAUCGCGUAACACUAGUAAAUCCGUUUUAGGUGAAGCCAAACUAUUUCUUGGAUCUUUGGAAUCUAACAGUGGAGAAAACGCAGUCUCAUUCACAGUCAGUUUUUUGGUGCUUAUUGGAAUGGUUUGUGUGGCUCUCUAUACAGCUGUUGGAAUGGCUGUUCUGCCUGUAGAUUUGAUCAAGGGGUACCGCAGAGUUGCUGAGGAGUCUGAAGAGCUGAUGAAAACGAAGAAAAGGCAUCAUGUUCAAAGAGAUCAUUUGAGGAAUAGAUAUGCUGAUGGAAAGAAGAUGGCAAAGAGAGAUCGCAGAAGUAAAGAAUACUUAGAAGCACAGGAUCGCUUACUCAAAAAAAGAGAGAAACAACUGCAAAGAGUUUCAAAGGGUUGGUUGGAAAAGUGUAGGAAAUGCUGGCGGCCAUUUACUGUUGUGAUUGGAAUUGUGUUGUUCUUGCUGGCCGUGCUUGUCUUUCUCUCACUUUUGCUGAGUAACAUUGAUCGCAUCAGGCAUGGGCUAGGCUACCAUUAUGGCUUUCUUCUCAAGAAGUCAACUCUUCCUAGUCCUAUUGGAGAACUACUUCUAAUCACGCAGCCUUUCUUUCCACUUGAUUAUGUUAUCAUAGUUAUAGUUACUGUCUAUCUAGUGGUGGCCACCAUAUAUGGAAUACGUCGGAUUGGUAUCUGGUGCUUCUGCAUGCGUAUGUAUCGAAUUCGUCCACGUCGCACGGCAACACAAGGUCUUAUGUUCAUGAGCUUUAUUGUCAUGUUAAGCGUUUUCAGCCUGAGUGUGGUCCUCACCUCUUUGGCUCCUGAUUACGUUCGAUAUGGUCACCAGAAAUAUAAUACAAAUUGUUACUUCACAGCCAACAAUCAGACAUGUGUCCCUUGUCAUGGCUAUUGUACUCUAAAGAUGCAAGAACGUCUCUGUGAUCCAAAUGACUGUGUUCAGACUCGAAUUGCUGUUCUAGUCUCUCGUUUCUGCUAUAAAAUGUGGUUCUUUGGAGUUGGCUACUAUGCAUGUGAAUGGGCAUUUCUUGGUGUCUACCUAUUGGCUUUCAUUGUAGUGCUAUGUCGAAAAAGCCACUCCAACGUUCGUGAUUAUGUGACCUCAAGUGACAGUGAAAGCUCGAGUGAAGAGACUCUGCUAUAGUUGAUGUGCUGAGUUAGUGUGGCAUUGUAUGUAGACACAGCUGCUCCUUGUAAAUGACCACGUUUAUCAUAAUGUACACGUAAUGGCGAUUGUAUUCUGCGCUUGGAUUGGUAAAGAGAGGACAGAACAUAAGAAAACAGAUGCUGCAGUGUGUCAGUGAGA